AUGGCUCUGGAUGAUCGAAUUCGAUUGCUAGAGCAGAGGCUAGCUAUUUUGGAGGACAAGGAGGAACUAUCGACCCUGAUGAAUCACUAUUGUACUCUCGUGGACUCUAAACAGUACACCGAGUGGUCUAAUCUCUUCACUGAGGAUGGGAUUCUAAAUUUCGAGCCGUGGGGACCAGUCCAAGGGCGUGAGAAUAUCGCUCGGGUCACGUCGGAUGCCGAAAAAGCAUACGAGUGUAUGAUGCACUGCUUAACAAAUGUUCAGUUCGAGGUUGACGGCAGCGACAUAGCGAAGGGUUCUGCGUAUAUAGCUUCAUAUGUCACGCCUCAUCUAAAGAACCUGGGUAUAAAUUUCGGUCUUGGUGGACGGUACUCGUUGUUGUUCAAGAGGACUGCGGAGGGUUGGAAGGUUGCAGAACACCUCUUAAGCCCUACCUGGACUCAAGGGUCGGACGCGUUCGGCAAACUCAACAGCUCAGAAUAA